UUUUAUAGAUGACGUUUUGCUUAACAAAUGUCAAACCCUCAUUAAAAUUCUGUACAAAUGCAAAACACGUGGAAAAGUUUAUAGCGUGGAGUACUUGAGUUUAAAUAUUUUGUAUUUAUUUUAUUAGUGUGAAUUAAGUGGCGUAUUUCGCUGUAAAUAUGUCACAACUAUACGUCCUUUACGAACAUGCUGCGGGUUACUCGCUUUUUUCGGUCAAGGAAUUUGAAGAAGUGUCGAUGUUUCUUCCUCAAGUUGAGGCAUCCGUAACUGAUAUAGCAAAAUUCCAUUCAAUCGUAAAAUUAGUGGGAUUUUCUCCAUUCAAAACAGCAAUAGCUGCGCUUGAAAAUAUUAACGCAAUUUCUGAAGGUAUUGCCCCACAGGAUCUGUUGCUAUUUUUGGAUGAUUUCUUCUCAAAGUUGAAGAAGAAGAAAUGUACCUUGGGUAUAGCGGAUGCCAAGUUGGGAGCAGCUAUUACUGAAUCGAUUGGUGUUCAAUGUAGCCAUUUUGGAGCAGUACCUGAAGUAAUUCGUGGCAUACGUUUUCAUUUUCAUCGACUAGUCAAAGGAUUCACUGACAAGUCUGCUGGCAUAGCGCAACUGGGGUUGGGCCACAGUUAUUCUCGCGCCAAAGUCAAGUUUAACGUUCACCGUUCGGACAAUAUGAUUAUACAAUCUAUUGCGCUCCUUGAUCAAUUGGAUAAGGACGUAAAUACAUUUUCCAUGCGUAUACGUGAGUGGUAUUCGUAUCAUUUCCCAGAGUUGGUGAAAAUUGUUCCUGACAAUUACUUGUUUGCCAAAACUGCUAAAUAUAUAAAAGAUCGUAAAAGCCUUACCCAAGACAAAUUAGAGGAAUUGGAGGAAAUUGUAAUGGACUCGGCGAAGGCGCAGGCUAUUAUAGACGCCGCAAAAAUGUCUAUGGGUAUGGAUAUUUCGAUAGUAGAUUUAAUGAACAUUGAAUUAUUUGCGGAGCGAGUUGUUCGUUUAUCGGAAUAUCGAAAGAAAAUGGCAACAUAUUUGCACAAUAAAAUGGAGGCGGUGGCACCAAAUUUACAAUCGCUGAUUGGUGAUCAAGUUGGAGCACGUUUGAUUUCGCACGCAGGCAGUUUGACCAACUUGGCCAAAUACCCAGCAUCGACAGUACAAAUAUUGGGAGCGGAAAAAGCACUUUUCCGAGCAUUGAAAACUCGUUCGAACACACCUAAAUAUGGACUGCUGUAUCAUUCGUCGUUCAUUGGACGCGCUGGAUUAAAAAACAAAGGGCGUAUAUCUCGUUUCUUGGCUAAUAAGUGUUCAAUUGCUUCACGUAUAGACUGUUUUUUGGAGAAGCCGACAAGUGUUUUUGGUGAAACACUAAAGCAACAGGUGGAAGAUCGUUUAAAAUUCUACGAAUCCGGUGAAGUUCCACGUAAAAAUAUAGAAGUAAUGAAAGAAGCCAUCGAGGCAGCCGAAAAAGAAGACAACAGCAAUGCUAACGAGGCACAAACAUUGAAAAAGAAAAACAAGAAGAAGAAACGCAAAGCCGAAGAAGCGGAAAACGGUGAUGCGAAAGAUGACAAACGCAACGGAAAUGCCGAAGAAGCCAAUGAAACUAUCGUAGAAGAAAACGGUGGCGAAGCUGGUGAAGGAGAACCCAAGAAGAAGAAGAAGAAAAAGAAGAAUAAGAAUAAGGAUGCCGAUGCUUAAUUGGGAACAAGUAACCAUUUUCUUAGGUUAUACAAAGUACAUAGUUAUUUAGUGAUUGCCUUUAUUUGGUACACAAAAUAUAUAACAUACACUCUUUAAUAUUUAGGUUAUAAUUGUCCGCUAUUCUCUCCACAUUGUUUAGAGGGGGAAACUUCUUCUGUGGAACUAACAUAUUUUACAAACUCAAACAUUUUGUAAAAUAAGUACCGAAACAUUUUGAAUAAAGUACAGAAAUAUUAGUAAUCGUA